GCAGUCCAAGAGCCGAUGGUGCUGAAGCUUAGAGCGCUGCAGCCGGUGCGAGGGAGAACAUCGUCUGCAUCAACGUCCGGUCCGGGAGGGAGAGCAGCCGGUGCAGUGAUGGGCUCGGAAGGCGCGCCAGCUCUCUUCACUUGGGAAGAAGUACAGCGACACAACACUCGCGAAGAGCGAUGGCUGGUCAUUCAUCGCAAGGUGUACGAUAUCACCAGGUUCUGCAAGAUACACCCAGGAGGGACACGGGUCAUAAGCCACUAUUCAGGACAAGAUGCCACUGAUCCAUUCACUGCCUUCCACAUAGACAAGGACUUGGUGCACAAGCGUUUAAAGUGUCUGCUGAUUGGGGAACUUUCUCCUGGGGAACCAAGCAUAGAACCCAGCAAAAAUGCUGCCAUGGUGGAGGAUUUUCGUAGUCUGCGGUCUACAGUGGAGCGGAUGGGUCUCUUGAAACCCAAUAAGUUAUUCUUCUUUGGCGUCUUGAUUCAUAUUAUAUUGCUUGAUGUAGUGGCCUGGGCUACACUCUACUACGGUGGUACCUCACUCAUCCCAAUACUGAUUUGUGGUUUAAUUCUGGGCACAGUGCAGGCUCAAGCUGGUUGGCUGCAACAUGAUUUUGGGCAUUUGUCAGUUUUCAGCCAAUCUAAAUGGAAUCACGUGGUACAAAAAUUUGUGAUUGGACACCUGAAGGGUGCUCCUGCUAGCUGGUGGAAUCACAUGCACUUCCAGCAUCAUGCCAAACCCAACUGUUUUCGCAUGGAUCCCGAUAUUAACAUGCACCCACUGUUCUUUGCACUGGGCAAGAAGUUGUCUGUGGAGCUUGGAAUUAAAAAGAAGAAGUAUAUGCCAUAUAACCACCAGCACAAGUAUUUCUUCCUGAUUGGUCCCCCUGCACUGAUUCCUCUUUAUUUUCAAUGGUAUGUUUUCUACUUUGCUGUACAGCGCAAGCAGUGGUUGGACCUGGCCUGGAUGAUUUCUUUCUAUGUGAGAUUUGGGCUGUGUUACAUUCCCCUACUCGGUGUGGGUGGAACGAUUAGUAUGUUCAUAUUGGUUAGAUUCCUGGAGAGUAAUUGGUUUGUUUGGGUCACUCAGAUGAACCAUAUUCCAAUGAACAUUGACUACGAUCAAAACAAAGAAUGGCUUUCAACCCAGUUCCCUCAAAGAGUCUGGGGACCUGUGGUUAGAUGCCUAUCUGCACAAGUAGGAACUCAACUCCGUGGUACUACUGCUUUCAACAUCAGAACAAGAAUUGAACUCAGUGGUGCUGUUUGGAGUAUGGGGGUGGCUGUAUAUUCAAACAUUCUUCUUCUUCAAAUCUUCUACAAACCCAAAGAGCAGAAGACAGACACGGAAUCAAGGACAAACAAAACAGUGAUUAUGGUGAUCUGCCCUUGGCAAAAGAAUGUAGUAUAUCUUAAAUUCUACAUCUCAUGUAUGGACCAGAUAUGUAAUAUCUUCGUCAACAUGCCUUAAAGAAUCUGACAGUGUACAACAAACAAGCGCUUUUGAAUAUGAACACCACCUUUUUUUACUACUGAGCAAAAUAUAUGAAGUACUUUAAAAAAAAAAAUCACAGUGCCACCUAGUGGAUAUUAUAUACAUCACACCGAUAACAUUUCUUAAAUGCAUUUUUAAUAUAGUUCAGAAAUGCAGAGCAUAUUUGUUCUUAACUAUUAUUUAAGAAUAUUAUAAAUUAAAAUACAGAAUUAUCCAGGAUCCAUUCAUGUUCAUCACAUACUUACUGACCUGUAACAAUUGUACAACCCUGGCACCUAUUCAACUGAGCUUGUUAAUACCUAGGGGACAAUCUGUGGCCAGCUGAAUAUUCAUUUUCUUACACUGCCAGAUAGUGUGUUUUUUUAUUUUAAUUUUUUUCAUGUGAAAUGUAGAGCAAACCCCCAUUUAGUUUAAAAGUUGCUGUUAUCUAUAGAAACACUGUCAGCUGUAUAACUAGAGUAAACCUUUCAUUGAGGAUUUCAUUACUUUGCAACUAGAGAGUGCUCUCCCUGCAAUGUGUCUGGGCCGGAGAUCAAAAACACAAGUCUCUGACUUCAUUGUGGCUUCAAUAAGGAAUUUCUUGCCUUUGAAUACUUAAAAAUUCAGAACUAUUUUAUAAUUUUAUGCCAAUUAGCUCCCCCCACUCCAAACAAUAAUUGGACUGUGUUGAAUGUAUUUGGAAAUAUACUCCAGUAAUGAUUUUGUUUGUUACGACUAAUAAACUGAUUUUCU